AAUAAGUACUCUGCUCCCGGCAGCGUCGCCGUCAUGGGGAAGGACUAUUACAAGAUUUUGGGCAUCCAAGCCAGUGCCAACGAGGAUGAAAUCAAGAAAGCCUAUCGGAAAAUGGCCCUGAAAUAUCACCCUGAUAAGAAUAAAGACCCCAACGCCGAGGAGAAGUUCAAGGAGAUCGCGGAGGCUUACGACGUCCUGAGUGACCCCAAGAAACGAGCUGUUUAUGACCAGUAUGGGGAGGAAGGUCUCAAAACUGGAGGUGGCUCUUCAGGUGGCUCAGGGCACACUUUCCACUACACCUUCCACGGAGACCCCCACGCUACCUUUGCAUCCUUCUUUGGAGGCUCCAACCCUUUUGACAUCUUCUUCGCUAGCAGCCGCUACCGAAUGUUCAAUGGAUUUGACCAGGAGGACCUGGAUAUUGAUGAUGAUGAAGACCCUUUCAGUGCCUUUGGCCGGUUUGGCUUCAACGGCUUUAACGGGGUUCAUCGGCGGCACCAAGAGUCCCUGCACACACGGAGGAAGAUCCAAGACCCACCCAUCAUCCAUGAGCUCAAGGUGUCCCUUGAAGAGAUCUACCACGGCUCCACCAAGAGGAUGAGGAUCACCCGCAGAAGGCUCAGUGCUGAUGGCCGGACCAUGCGGACUGAGGACAAGAUCCUAAACAUUGUCAUCAAACGGGGUUGGAAGGAGGGAACCAAAAUCACAUUCCCCAAAGAAGGGGAUGCCACCCCAGACAACAUCCCGGCCGACAUAGUCUUCAUCCUCAAGGACAAGCCUCACUCGCACUUCAAGAGGGAUGGGACGAAUGUGGUCUACAUGGCAAACAUCAGUCUUAAAGAG